AUGUACUUUCUAUUCUAUUUCUCAUUCAAACCCUCGUUGAACACGGUGCUAGACCUGAGCUUGUACGCUAUCCAAUGGAGCAAGACAAACUUUCUGAGGGUGGGAGACCAAGUCAGUGUCCUGUGGGUGCUGCCAGAUUACACAGAUAUAGAGAUGGAUGACAACGGCGUCAUGACGGUGCCGGGUGACUGCGCUAAGAGUACGAAAGAGAAGGUGGAUAUGGCGAACACGAAGAUGAAGCAAGUUAAAGAGGACUUUGAGCAACUAGGGUACGAACCUGAAUUAUAUGUGGAAUCCGGGGAUGCUCGAGGCUUCAUCCCGCUAUACGCCGACAAGUUAAAUGCGGAUACUGUUGUUAUGGGCAACCGGGGCAACAGCGGCUUUAGAAAAAUGCUACUAGGGAGCGUCUCUGACCACUGCGUACAUGAAUGCAAAUGCCCGGUACUUAUAGUGCGUCGCAAGGGAGACACCGAAUCCUAGACCGAGUUCUGCAAUAACAUAUUAAACUAUAGUAUGCUGCGAAGAGUCCCUGGAAUACUUAAAGCUUGCAUUUUACAUUCACCGGUGGAUGCGCUUAUAUCUGAAAUUGUGAGAGAUUAGCAAACAGAACUUACACGUCCCGGAUUUUUUUUGCCCGGGUAUUGCUCUGAACCCUUUGGGUUUGUAAUUAACAACGUGGCAAAACAGGUACACACCCAUGUAUGAGCAAUUACAAGCACAACUAUAUGCAUAUAGGAUAUUCCCAGAUAAAUAAAGUGAUCGUACAUGGACUGGUUUUUGAUCGCUCGAAACAGUCCCACAUGAG